UGAAAAAAAUGUUAGUUUAAAAUAUGCAACAAAUUCAUACAAGAAAACUUUUCAUGUUGUUGUAAAAUUCGUUGCUAUUUGCUACCGAGUUAGGAGCAGCAGCUGUUGUUGCUAAUGUUGCCGUUGACCGGAAAAUCAACGUCAACAUAGUGGUUUUACCGGUGUCGCAGCGAUAUGGAGGAAGAUGUCUUGAAUGCAUUGCAGACGCGAACGGCCUACUUACCAGGCGGUUUUGAUCGCGAGGGGAAAAUAAUUAUUAUUGUUAAUAUCAUUAACGAUUUACAGUUGUGGAAUAGAAAAUGUUUGGAAUUAUCGAUUACGUAUCUAAAACAUUCUCUCAGUGCAUCAGUGCUGCAACAGGGAGUCACAAUAAUUGUGGAUGCACAAAAAAGUACAACACGUAUUACCCGCAGCCAUGCGCGCAUUAUUUACGCACUUUUCGUUGAUAUCACAGUCAAUUUGUAUCUAGUCAGAGCAGAAUGUUUCUGGGAGAAACAUGUGGAAACAUGUACCAAAUCACACACCAAGGGUGAACCCAUUGCGCUGUCAAAGUCACGUCUGUCAAAAUAUUUCGAUAUGAGUAAUUUGCCUGAAGAACUUGGCGGUACAUUGCAAUUUAAUUACGAUUUAUGGUUACAACAGCGAAAGUCUAUUGAUGAAUUUAAGAAAGUUUAUCAACAAACCAUUAGCGCAAUGGAAGCAUUACAUGUGCUACUUUUAAGUAAUAAGUCAUUGAGGCCAACGGAAGCAGAUAUUGAGCUCAAGAAGUGUACACAAAUGCACGCAACAGUACAAAGGAGUAUUGAGGAAGCAGUAGAGUUAGUUGAACAACAUGGAGGGGUUGGUGGCACGUACAUCCAACCAGCACUAACACACGUGUAUGCACAAGGCGAUAUAUCACCACCAAUUUUUGAACAGAUCUUUAAAAAUGCUCGCUUUGCCCAAGGAGGUAAUGCUUUAUUUGAAGGUAAACUCCGUGGUAAUCCAAAGCCAUUCGUAACAUGGACUCGAAAAGGCGCACCACUUCUUGAGUCACAAAAGUUUCGUAUGUCUUAUAAUGAAGCCACUGGAGAAGUUUCACUUUUGAUAAAUCAAAUUGGGCCUGGCGAUGAAGGUGAAUAUACAUGCACUGCUCGUAAUCAAUAUGGCGAAGCAAUUUGCAGUGUAUAUAUACAGCCAGAAGGCGCUCCUUCGCCGGUUAUAAAGCCUGUACAAACAUUUGACAAAUCCAUAUAUACGAAUGGAUAUUCAUAUACCUCAACGGAAGAAGAAUUUCGUGUAGACACAUUUGAAUAUAGACUUCUACGUGAAGUAUCGUAUAGAGAGGCUAUAACACGCCGUUCCUCCUAUGAACAAGACUAUCAUUUAGUUCAAGAAGUAGAUCGUUCCUUGGGUCCUGCCCAUGCACCACAAAUUGCACAAAAACCAAGGAACUCUAAGUUAAUUGAAGGUUCAGAUGCUGUAUUCACUGCUAAAGUAGGCUCUAAUCCAAAACCACGUUUAACAUGGUUCCGUAAUGGCCAGCGAUUAGUGCCAUCUCAGAAAUACGACAUAUCGUACUCCAAUGGAUUGGCCACUUUGCGUGUUAAGAAUGCUAAUAUACAAGAUGGUGGACACUACACUUUACUUGCAGAAAAUACACAAGGUUGUGUUGUUUCGUCUGCUGUUUUAGCAGUUGAACCUGCCGCAGAAUCUGCAAAUGAACCAAAACCUGUAGACAAUAUGGCUGAGCAAUUGGAAUCCGGUAAAGCUUUGCCACCAAUGUUCGUUAAGGCAUUUGCUGAUCGCGAAAUUACAGAAGGCCGUAUGACGCGUUUUGAUUGCCGUGUAACAGGAAAUCCAUACCCAGAAGUGUUCUGUGUAGGAGUUCAAUGUCAAGAACUUAAGAAGUAG